AUGGCUCCUCCAUUGAAGACUGGUAGUCGCAACAUCUCCUACACAUUUCUAAAUCCGAAUCUGGAUUCUCUCGAGUGUCUGGUUAAGAAGAUCACGCCGGAUGAAACAACCAGGUUCCGUGAAAAGUAUGGGUAUAUUCUGAGUCUUCUCAAGAUGCCGUUCACCAAAUACGAGCAAGAAGGAGUUCAUACCUUGCUUCAGUUCUACAACCCUUCUCUCCGUUGCUUCACGUUCCCUGACUAUCUUUUGGUUCCCACAUUGGAAGAAUAUUCUCUUUUCCUUGGUGUUCCGAUCAAGAAGGGAGAAGUUCCGUACUAUAGCACCAUGGAGGCUCCCACUUCUAUUGAAAUCUCCAAGGCUCUUUAUUUGAGCAAGUCAGUUGUUGAUGCAAAUCUUUCCGAGAGAGGAAGAUAUCAGGGUUUUCAUAUGGAGUUCCUGGUCAAAAGAGGGUGUGAUGCUGCUGAAGCAAAAGAAUGGGACACUUUUAGGGCUAUCCUGGCUCUAAGUAUCUAUGGUGUCCUAAUGUUCCCGAACGUGCCUGAUUUUGUUGAUAUGAGUGCAAUCCAUUUGUUCAUUCUACAGAAUCCUGUUCCUACACUCUUGGGGGAUGUUUAUCAUUCAGUUCAUCAAAAGAACCGUCAAAAGAAGGGUUUGGUCAGAUGUUUUGCUCCUUUGCUAUACCGUUGGUUCAGAUCACAUUUUCCUGAACGUGGAGCUUUCGUUGAUAGUAGGCACACCUCUAAAUGGGCUGAAAGGAUUAUGGGACUUAGAGCCAAAGACAUUGUAUGGUAUAACAGAUCUUUGGAAGACAAGGAGGUUAUCAUGAGUUGUGGAAAGUUCAAUAAUGUGCCCCUCAUGGGUGUUAGAGGUGGGAUCAAUUAUAAUCCCGUCUUGGCUAGGAGAACUUAUGGAUAUGCUUUCGUCAAUCCUCCUGAGCAAUCUGAGAUAGCUGAGAACAUUUUCUAUCAUGUGGUCACCGACAAUGGGCAGAUGGCAGAAGCUGUACAAGCCUGGAAGAACAUUUGUUGGAGAGACAAGAAGCAUUUUGGUCAAAGGGACUGUACGACUUAUGAAGACUAUACUAAGUGGGUCGAAACUGUGGCUAAUACCCAAGGAAUGCCUUUCCCUAUUAAGGAUCCUUUGUACCCUCCUGUUGGCGCACAACCCAACAUUGUCUCCAUGCCUCGUUAUAAUCAGACUGUUGAGCAGAAUCGGAAAUUAACUGAACAAAUGGAGACGAUGCAAGUUAAGAUGAAUACCGAUAGAAUAUUUUGUACUUCAAACGUGGUUGUGGAAUUAAUGGAUUAUGGUUGUUUAUCUUGGUUGCGCUUCGUUAUUUCUCAUUAUCUUGUAGUGUUGGUUCGAGACAAAGCCAAAAAUUCUUGA